UCCUUAAAUGCUUAAAGAAAAAAAAAAUGAAAAUAGGUUUUGACGUAAAUUAAAUUUUGUUACUUUUCACUAGUAAGUUAAUUUUUCUUUCUUUUCCGUGGUGAAGAAAUCUUUCCAAGUUAAAUUGUGUUAGAAGGAAGUAUGGAUUUGUUCACUCCUACUGUAAAUGAAAACUUGUAAAAAUUAGUUGGAUAUUGUCAUGCGAUGACAAGAAUUAUCAUUUUAAUUUAACAUUAUAUUGUUAUUUAAUAAUAUCAAAUAAGAAAAGCAUAUUUUUUUUAAAUAACUAUACAUCUAAAAAUAAUGUUCAUUAAUACCAUUCAAACAACAUUAUUUCUUUUGUAAAGAAUGCGUCCCAUAAUAAAUGACUUCAACUAAAAUCAAUUUUGCAAAUUCUAAUUCAAGCACACAUAACAUCUAACAUCUGUUUGUUUUAUAUUAUUAUUAUUAUUUUUAAUUUUAGUAUAAUAAUUUUAAUUUUACAUGUGUUGUGAGAUGAUAGUUAUAUGUGGGAAACCUUUUCCCUUUGAUGAAUCCUGCAUUUGGGUUAAAUCUCCCUUCUCUAAGUCGAAUCAAUCAUAGCCUAAAAAAUGUUUUUCAAGUUCGGAAUACGGAACCUCUUGGCUCACCGUUUCUCUCCCAGAAUCACCGCCGCCAAUGCCUCACACCGUUACCUUUACGGGAAUCCUCUCUGCACCACCGUGGAGUCACCUGACCUCCCACCGUGGCUCAAGUUCUCCGACACCCCGACGCCUUCCGAUGCUGACGACAACUUCGUUAUCCCUUCACUCGCCAAUUGGGUCGACACCCACAUCCUCACCUCCAAGCUCAAACUUCCCACACAACCCUCGAAGCAAAACAGCCUCGACCAAGUGGACGCAGUAUCCACACUUCUCAAAAAACGCUAUUCUUCCCCCGAGCUAGUAGGUGAAGCACUUAAUGGACGCGGUUUUCAGCCAUCAAGCGAUUUGGUUUCGCAGGUUCUCAAGAGAUUCAGCAACCAUUGGGUCUCUGCUUUGGGGGUUUUCAAGUGGGCAAAAGCUCAAACAGGUUAUCGGCAUUCUCCCGAAGUGUACAACUUGAUGGUUGACAUCCUGGGAAAGUGCAGAACCUUUGAUUUAAUGUGGGACUUGGUGAAGGAAAUGUCACAACUCGAAGGGUACGUCACAUUGGAUACAAUGACUAAGGUAAUGAGAAGGCUUGCCAAGGCUCGCAAGCUUGAAGAUGCAAUAGAAGCAUUUCGUAGAAUGGGGUUGUUUGGUGUUAAGCAGGAUACUGCAGCGUUGAAUGUUCUCAUGGAUGCGUUGGUGAAAGGAGAUAGUGUUGAACAUGCCCACAAGGUUGUUUUGGAGUUUAAGAGUAGGAUUCCUUUGAGUUCUCAUUCUUUCAAUAUUUUGAUCCAUGGGUGGUGCAAAGCAAGGAACUUUGACAAUGCCAGGAAAGCAAUGGCGGACAUGAAGGAGCAGGGGUUUGAGCCUGAUGUAUACUCGUACACUAAUUUUAUUGAGGCUUAUUGCCACGAGAAAGAUUUCCGCAAGGUGGAUCAAGUUUUGGAGGAGAUGAGAGCAAAUGGGUGCACCCCUAAUGCUGUGACUUACACUACUGUGAUGAUUAAUCUGGGGAAAGCAGGGCAAGUGAGUGAAGCUUUGGAGGUUUACGAGAAAAUGAAGAGUGAUGGAUGUGUGGCUGACACUCCAUUUUACAGCUGUUUGAUAUUCAUCCUCGGCAGAGCUGGAAGGCUAAAGGAUGCUCGCGAUGUGUUUGAAGAUAUGCCUAAGCAAGGGGUUGUGAGAGAUGUGGUGACAUACAAUACUAUGAUUUCUACUGCUUGUGCACACUCGCGGGAAGAGACUGCUCUCAGGUUGCUUAAGGAAAUGGAAGACGGAUCGUGCAAGCCGAAUGUUGAGACUUACCAUCGGUUGCUCAAGAUGUGCUGCAGAAAGAAGAGAAUGAAGGUGCUCAAAUUUUUGUUGGAUCACAUGUUGAAGAACGAUAUAAGCCUUGAUUUGGCUACUUACUCGCUCUUGGUGAGUGGUCUGUGUAAAAGUGGAAGAGUUGAGGAUGCUUACUCGUUUUUAGAGGAAAUGGUCUCGCAGGGAAUGACUCCAAAGCCCAACACUCUCAAGCUAUUGAUUGGAGAGCUUGAGUCCAAGAGCAUGUCAGAGGAGAAAGAGCAUGUUGAGAAAUUGAUGGAUCGUCUCUUUCAGAAAACAAAUGUUUAGUGGUUUUGGCAUAAGAUGAAGUAAUUUCCAAGUCAGCGAUAUCUGCUGGUCAGUUGCCCCUUCAUUUCAUCCCAUGCCAUGAUAGAAAAUGGAAACGACCUUUGCUAAUGAAUCCUAGUGUUAUUUUCACGAUAUUAUAUCUUGUGACGAUUUUGUUUUUGUUUUUCUCUUCUUAAAUGCUAGCAUAUUUUAGCACAACUCCACAUUUUGUACAAUUAAGAAGAGGCGGAUUGACACAAUUUUAGAUAAAGUUUUGUACUCUAUGACUGUGAUUUAUGGAUGUCUUCUUCGUACUCUAA